AUGAAAUUAUCUAUAGAUAUAAAGCACAAAGUUACGUUUAAACAUACACAUGUAACUGAAAUGUUAUACAAUUUACUAUGUAUAUUUUUUAAUAACUCUGUUAUAUAAAAAUAAUGCAAAAUAUAUCUUUUUAUCAAUAUUAUUACUAUUUAUGACAAUGUGAAUGAUUUAAGUUAACACAAUUUUUACAUAAAUAAAUUUGAAACGAUUGUCAUGUACUUAGUGUUUAUCUGAGAUUUUUUUGUAUGUGUUGAUGCCUAUGGAGAAAACAAUUCUCUUUUUGAAAAUUACACUUAACGAUUUUUCUUCGUGAACUCAAAUAUCUAUGAUUUAAUGAUAAAUCAGAUCCCAUUCAAAAUUUUCAUCUUGUAAGAUAGAUAGAGGUAAAUAUAUUUCGCCAUACUACUCGGCAACAUUAUACAUAUGUAGACUUUAAGUUAGAAAAGGAAAAGUAUAAAAUUUUAAAGCUUAACUAAUGAAUUAAGUAUUUGGAAUAUUUCUUAAGGGUAACGUGUAAUUUAAUUAAAAUUGCAGCUUACUAUGUAUAAUAAUUAAAUUUUAAAAUUAAACAAGAUAUUUUCCUUGAAUUAUACUUCCAUAAUAUACAAAUACAGGCACAUUUCGCAUGCAAUUUUAAAUUUCCCGGAUAAUUUACGUAUCGAUAUUGUCGAGUGUCAACACAUUGAAGUAGGUUCACACAGCACUCAGCAAAGUAAAUUCUUGAAAUUGACACCGAAUGGCGUAAAUUUUUCCGCAAAAUACGCGGGAGUUGUCAAUCCAUACACUGCAUUAACGUCAAUGGAAUUGGACACAGUGUAUCAGUACCUGCUGUGUUUAAAUUUGGAUGUGAAGUACGAUCACACUGAGAUAAACAUUAGAAGGCAUAUCAUUUAUAAUAUAUUGAAUGGCCAUAUUAGUAAAAACCAUUUGGACUUCGUGCUAUAGGCAAUUGUUUCUUUUCAACAAUCAUGUUGUUAUUCGACUUUUUAAAAAAAUUUUUUGGAUGGGUAGAUGAAGCACCUAGAAAGCGCAGGGCUGUUUCAUUUAGUUUGGAAAAAGAAUUUGUUACACCCAAGAAACAUCGUUGUGAUUACAAGACGAUUAACGUGGAGGAUGAAGAGCCCAUUGAAAUUAAAGAUGACAGCGAUGAUGAUGUUCAAGUUAUUAAUAAACAUAAAUAUUCUCCUAUUAAAUCAUCUAGUAGAUUAAACGGUACAUGUAACAGUAGAGACCAGUCACUGAAGUGUUGUUCAUCAAAUUUCUCAUCGUCUCCAUGUUAUGAGAAAGUAAACAUGGGUCAUUCCAGUAACAAAAGUGAAAGGAUACAAAGUGCUGGAGUGCAACAAUGUUCAACAUUAUUCAAAACUCACCGUUUAAGAGAAAAGAAUCAAUAUGAAGAGUUAUUACAAAAUUUUCUCCCACGUAGAAUACAUGUAAUAUGUGAUAAACAUGAAGAUAAAAGGUCUACACAAGAACCAAUAGAAGUAAUAGAUUUAGAAAAAUCUACCCCUUCGACCUGUUUUCCCAAAAUUCAGUCAGCUUCUAGAAAACAUGAUAGAACGUUACAAAUGCAUUGGAGUAUUCCGAUUAGAGAAAAGAAAGAAAUAAUUAUUAAUUUAGAUAAUGAUGAAAAAGAAGAGACAAUGCAUUCCAUUCAUGACAGGGCGCAAACUCACAAAAAGAAUGUGAUGCAAGAGAAAUCUGCAAAAAAUAAAUGUGUUGAAAGUAUAGCAACAAAUACAUUGAGAGAUAGAUUAUCAUCAAAAGCUGUAAUAAGAGAAGAUUUCGUCCCCCAAGUAGCUAAACGAUAUAACGAACGAAUUGAACAACGUUACAAAGAAGCAGAAGAGCUCAAAAAAAUGACCUGUGUUUUGUCUAAACAUAAUCGUUUAGCAAGGGAAGCUGCUUUGGAAGAACAUCUAGCUCGAUCUAUGAGAUUAUGUGAAGCUGUUUUAGAAGAAAGAGAAGAAUUAGAGGAACCAGAAUUACCUACAUUAACAGAAGAAAUGUUACAAGAUGUAAAAAAUGCUCUUAUUCCUCGACCUGCGGAUGAAGUUCUUGUUGAAGGAUUUGGUUUAAGAAUAACAAGAAAAGAUAUACAUACAUUAGCUGAUUUGAAUUGGUUGAAUGAUGAAGUAAUAAAUUUUUAUAUGAAUUUACUAAUAGCCAGAAGUGCUAAUGACGACAAAUAUCCAAAAAUACAUGCUAUGAAUACAUUUUUCUAUCCAAAAUUAGUCUCAGGUGGACAUUCAUCCUUAAGAAGAUGGACUAGGAAAAUUGAUAUUUUUGCACAGGAUCUUAUAGUUGUUCCUAUACAUUUAGGUAUCCAUUGGUGUAUGUCAAUAAUUGAUUUUAGAGAUAAGUCUAUUCGUUAUUAUGACAGCAUGGGAGGCAACAAUUCAAAGUGUUUGUCAGCACUACGACAAUAUCUAGAAGAUGAAAGCUUGGAUAAAAAAAAACAAACUUACGAUACCAGUAACUGGAAGUUAGAGUGUGCCAAAAAUAUCCCACAACAAAUGAAUGGAAGUGAUUGCGGAGUCUUCUCUUGUAUGUUUGCUGAAUAUAUUUGUGCAAAUAAAAAGAUCACGUUUACUCAGCAGGAUAUGCCAUAUUUUCGAAAUAAGAUGAUUUAUGAAAUAUUAAAGUCCAAGCUUUUAUAAAAGAAAUAUUAUUUAUUUAGACAACAAUGAGUAAGUCGAAUAAUUUACAACUUCCAAAAAUUAUAAAAUAUUUUAGCAUAAAAGAGUUUAUUAUUGAGCAAAAUAUUCUGAAGACAACAUUUAUAUUGAAAAGUAAUGUUCAUAUAUCAUAAUGUUAAAAAGCGUUGCACAGUAUAAUUUUUUGUAUUAUUAUCUUCAUUUAAAAAUAAAAUGUUAAUUAUUUCCUAUAUAAAAAAAUAGUAAUUUUUGAAUACAAGUUAACAAAUGUAAUAAAUACUUACAUUUAUUUCUUUUAAUAAAAACAUCAUGCGAAAAUUAAAAUUAAGUUUAAUAACAAAAUCCAUUUAUUAAAAAAAUAUAAUAUUUAGCUACUGCACAUUCUUUAUUAAAGAAUAAGGAAAUGCAAUGUAUUAUAAUGCUUCAUUUUAA